AUGAAUCGACAACCAAGUGAGAAAGCAACAACUUCCAACCAGAAAACUCCAAGACUUCAUCUUCACUUCUUUGUUGGGGGCUCCUGUUUGUCAAGGAUCAAGCGGCAUAGGAUAUCCGAAUCCAGCGACACACAGAUUGAAAAAAUCAUCGGGGCUGUAUUGAAUCAUGUCAAUGAAAUGACACGACUCAUAGGCACUUUCCCAUCAAUUUCUCGAGGUGACCAAGGGGCAUUGGAUAAUUUACCCUCGGUAGAUCAUUGCAAGCACAUUAAAAUCGCUGAAGAUGCAUCUACUCGAUUUUAUGAUUUGCUCAUCACACAUCCCUCCAAAAUAUAUUCCAAGUAUCGAAAUUCCAAAUGGAUAAACGAUUACAAGGGAACUCUGGAGCAGUUUGGUUUGCGCAAAAGGCUUUUGGAGGAUCUGUCCAAUAUGUCCAAGAAUCUGAAGUACAAACCGGGGCUGGUAACUAUAGAAGAACUAAAUACACUCCCAAAUAUCUACCGCCCGCUCCGUCAUCAAUUUCGCUUAGAGGUUUUAAGAAGAGAGGACGCAGCCUUAACGGUUAGCUUGAUGGAGAAUGGCGUCGAGAUGCACGGACUCUUAACCGGUCAAAUUGAUUAUGAUUCAUUUGAUCCUACCGAGCUCGAGCUGCAAGUGGUCAAUGAAGACCUCGAUUGCGAGACCGAUAGUCAUAUCUACUCCCAUCGCUAUAUCACCAGAUUUGAAGAAGUCAAUGAAGAGCACGUAACUAAAUUGACUAACUUCAAAUUUCAAAAUGUCUUUGGGCCGUCAGACAGGCAAGAAUUGGUAUCGAAGUCAGGCGAUGAUUCUGUUCGCAGAGUAGAGUCUGCCACAGAGGAGCAAAGGUCUCAGGGCAGGGAAGUCCACAAUGUUAAUACAAAAAGAAACGAGGCGCUGUUGUCUGUAGCGGACAUUUAUAUCCGUAUUUUGGUCGAAUCGUGUUCCGAGAAUCAGGGAAAGAUCCUUGGGACACAAUCUGUACCCACUCAAGCGGCCGUUGUGUCAAUUUCUGGCCAGAUCGAUGCCGUAGAUCGUGAUUUGCGCAAUACGAUGAAUAUGACGGCGCAUCCCAAACUCAACACGGAGGAAGGACAAACAGGGUUUGCACCCUACUCCCAGGAGUGGAUCUUCAGCACGAUAAAGAACGCAGUGUUUGAAAACAGUGCAGAUAGAGAGGGAAUGAUGCUCACGUAUACCUACUACUUCUUCACUCAGUAA